AUGAUCAUCGAGGCUGAGGUCGAGUGCCAUCUUCCUAAAGUCAAGAUGAUCCUCAAGCAACUGGUACCCAUUUCGAGUCUACAACAGGCCGCCUCUGAGUGUCAGAAGGGUCAUGCCUACAAAGAACCUGGACCAGACGAUGAUGAGGCCGGGUUAAGUGAAGCGAAUUCAAUUAGCAGGAACCCGCAAGCCUUGACUUGCUCGAAGUUUGCCUCGUCCGGCAACAAAAGCAAAGCCUUUCAUCUGGAACAAGGCCUGACCCCGGGGUCGGGACAAUGCCAAGACCCUAGGCAACAGGGCCCGUCAUGUCUGCCGGCGUCAAACCCGCAAGUGGAGGAUACCAACGAAUUUCGGAAAUCCUACAGACAGAAGGAUCCUUUGGAAGAAAGCCUAACAGAAGGCCCGGAACUGGAGAAAGCUGGGUCAGACGACAUGUUGUUUGACGAGGACUGGGUGGGGGUAAUGAAUACUUCCGAAUUCGAUUUAACCAUCUCAUCUCAAAGCCUUUUACUUGAAGACAAAGGCGGUAACGACAAACUAGAGUGGAUCAAAUCCUCCAAAACGCAUUCAGAGAAUGCAAAUUCUGGCUGUCUCUAUUCUGUUCAGGUGGGCCAAAUCUCUCUGCUCUCAGCUGAACUCCAUCAGUCACGUGAAGACCCCGAGAGCCAGGGAAUACCGCAAAAUAUGCCCGCUAUUUUACAACAUCAUGGCGGUAGAGAGUCAACUGGGGAAAGCAGGACCACGUGGAAUACAAGAAGAAUGUCAUCUCAUCCCAUCGAGACGACUCAACUAAAUCCUGAACGAAAUUUCACUUUUGACACAAAACAAAGCUUCAGCAAUCCUUUAAUUGAUGCACCAAAUCGUCCUGAGCAGGUUCAAUUCAGCAUAAACAACUGCCCUCCCCCCGGAACCCCAUCACAACUGGGGGAGCAGCGAAAUUGUCAACGAGUGGAAGUCAGCGAAGAUGCUCCUAACUUUCAGAGUCCAGAGGACCAUCGAGAAGCCACCAAAUUCAACCAGCCCUAUAACCGCGAGACUUCGGGCGUCCAGUCGCAGCAGACGACACCUGUAGUUGGGACGACGAUGAUGUUCUCACGGUCUAGACGGACCCAGGUUCCGGAUAAAUAUUCUAGCAAAACAAGCAAAUUUUCCACGAGUUGUGAGGAUAAUUUAACAUUUCAAUCUUCUAAGGGGUAUUUAAGCUAUCCGAAUCAGGUUAAUUGUAUACCCGUCAGAGUCAAAAAUGAAAACAGUAUCGACAGACUUCAAAUGCAAGCAGAGUAA